UAUUACGCGCGCUUUGUACAUGCUAUUUAAGGAGAAAGGAUACAGCUUGUUCUCAUAGCGUUCCUCUGGGACUGAUGUUGAGCAGCAGACGACAUUGGCUGACAAAAAUAAUGAGGAUUUUGAUAGUAUUCUUGUUGCUGGGUGUGGCUUGUCUAGGAAUGAAUAGAAAGCCACGACUUGUGGACAUACUCAAGCAACAUAUGGACAAGAAACAAAUGAACAACGUAGUGCCUACCCAGUAUCCUUAUACAACAUCAGACUGGUAUGAGACAUCCACCGCACCACCACGAACCCACAACCCGAUGGAGGACGAGCUUAUGCGUAUCCAGGAAUCAUUUUUGUUCCCCGGAAGUCACUACCUCUUCAGUUUGGUUAAAAAAUACAUUGAGUAUGGAAUGGACGAAGAAAUGGAGAUGGGAGAAAUUAAAGACUAUUUUGAACUUCCGGAAAGCGACAUGAAAGACAUUAGGAAAAAAGUGUUCAAAGUUGCUAAAGUAAUGGAUGAUCCGGAGUCUUUGGCCUUAUAUGUUACACGGCUGAUGAUCAAACCUAUCCUAAAGGAGAGGAUGAAGUGCCCAGCUUCCAUUCUUGACAUGGCAGUUGCAAAAACAUUGUUCAGGCAGUAUAUGGGCUGGGAGGACGAAUCGUGGUACACCAUGUUCAGAGAUCUGGUUCCACUUAUUGAUCCCAUGUUGGAGCCGUACGCAGACGACAUAGCCGAAAAGGGCGUGCAUGAAUUGCACGGAUAUGUUUUCAACGACACUCUUGGGAUGCUUUUUGGCUUCGGGUUACGAGAUGUUGCAUUUGCGUCGCACAAAUUGUACGGGAACCUCAUGCACUUCUUCAGUAUGCCCGACACAUACUCCGAAAUGCAUCCCGUGAUGUCUCCUCAGGACAGGGAACAUAUGCUAAUGGACUCCAUGUAUAGCUCUUUAUGGGAAGUUAUGUGCCCAUAUUCCUAUGACGUAAUGGAAAACCACAGAAAAAUAGUCUUAAGAUUCAUAGAUGAAUUUGAGGUGAUUGAAAGGGAGCGUAUUUGCAUGGACGUGACGGACUUCCUGUACAGGUACGUCAGCAGGACGUUACCAGGGCACGUGGUCGACUUUGAAAAUAAAGUUGGUUUGUCGCCUAUAUGUGACGAAAUCGAAGGCGUAAUAAGUGACGUUGUGAAGGGCUUCAGCGACUACGAGAAUUUCAUAUACUCGAUGAACAUCAGGGAGUUAGGGGAAAUGCUGAAAACAAAUUUAUCACCUGACGAAUGGAACAUACUCGAAGAGGCACUUAGAAGAAUGGGCUUUGUAGAUAUGCCUUUAAAAGGGCAAACCAGGCACGUAUCACGCAGAUCUUCAAGGCCAGUGAAAAGAAAACAUUAAGACUAAUAUUUAGAUAGUUAUAUUGAAUUUUUGUUUUGAAUUUUGACUGCUAGUUUAUGAUGAAUGUUAAAAAUUAUAACAAUAAAUUAAUCAAAUCAAA